UCUUCUUGUUGAUCGAGGGGAAACGUAUUCACUCGUUUGCGUCCCAGUUGUCGGCAUGUUUAUUUCCAAGAUUAACGUACUGGAAUUUUGGCUAAAAGCAGUAGCAAUGUUUACCAAUGUUGGAUCGGAAUCAAGCAGAGCCAUUGAUUUUUACUAACAAGCUCAAAGACUUCAAUAGGCAAGAACAUGUAUAAAUACUAUAUAGUCCUACACACAUUCAGUCCGAUGUUUACUAGUCCGGCAAGUGGCUUACGAUGAACAUAUAUUACAGCGUGCUAUGUUCAAGGAUGCUCGAGUAACAUACAGUGAAAUACCAGCAGAGCUUAAAACACGAAGUCCAUAGAGUGAGCUGGUGAGCCGAAAUUCAGAAGUAUCCUCAACUGAUACAGUAAGAAGGACUAGACAUAAAUCGAAUGCUGCACAGACAGAACUGAAACGGGUUGUCAAUAAUCUAUUCUACUUCGAAUUGGUUGUUAGAACGACAGACAGUGAUAACACAGGGUCCCUAACUUACAAAAAAUCAUUGAGGAUAAGAUGAUGUCCUGUUGCGCAUGGAGUCGGCGUAAAAAAUCCGAUAACGUUGAUACUGGUAACUGUGAUUUGCUUUACGAAAAGGACCAUGGAUAUGCAUGGAUGAUUGCCUUAUUCAGCUUCUCCGUCCAUAUAUUUACAUAUGGCAUAAGUUGGAGUGUUGGCGUGUUCUUCGUAUUGUUUUUAAAUGCAUUUCACACGGCAAAAGGAGUCACUGCAUGGCCAGGGUCCUUAAACACAGCAACGAUGUAUCUCGUAGGACCAAUAAGCAGUAUGUUGACGAACAAAUUUGGCUGCAGACCCACGGUUAUCUUGGGUGGCGUUAUAUCAGCUAUUGGUCUUGGAACAAGUGCGUUUGCCACUAACAUAUACCACCUGUAUAUCACGUUUGGUAUAGUUACAGGGGUUGGAUUUGGCAUUGCCUAUUUGCCUGGGAUUGUUAUUGUUAGCCAAUACUUCGAAAAGAAAAGAACACUUGCAAUAGGGGUGGCUGCAUCUGGUAUAGGAUUUGGAUCAUUCAUAUAUCCCCCGAUGAUAGAUGCGUUGAACAAUCAAUAUGGUUGGAGAGGAGCUUUACUUAUGCUUUCAGGGAUAACACUAAAUAUAUGCGUUGCAGGAGCAUUUAUGAGGCCAUUCAAAAUUACAUUAUUGGUACCAUUCCUCACGCAUUAUGGAACGCUAUUAGCGUACUCUGCCAUAUUUGGUUUCUGUUCAGCAGCAUUUGGGAUUCUUCUACCGGGAAUUAUAUGUCAGUUUCUUGGAUCUGAAGAGUUGGCUACAGGGUAUGGUGUCCUGAUGACAUUUGAAGCAGUUGGAACAAUGCUCGGAGGCCCAGCUGCUGGAUUCAUGUAUGACAUGCUACUUUCAUACAAUACCUCCUUUUUCGUUGGAGGAGGAAUCAUAGUCAUUAGCUCACUCUGUAUGAUAGUUCCGUAUUUGCGUGAAAAACGACAUGGCAUAAACACGUUAGAAGUAGUUAGUAACGAAAAUGAAAAUAUGUUGAUGGAGAAAGGAUCAAAUAACGCAAGCACUUGAUACAUCAAGAAAAUUCGAUGGACAAAAAAUGAGUUCUAUUACGUUUACAUAUGCAAGAAACAAGUUUAAAUGAAAUUAACAUUAUUUAAAGCGUCAUGGAACAUAAAGAUUAGAGAAACAUCAAUUUUGUACCAAUAAUGUAAUUUUUGGGUCUAUGAUGUAGGGAAACUUGCUUCCCAGUUAACCCAAUUAAAGCUACUUUCUUUAGAAAUACCUUGUAGACAACCGAGUGCAAAUCAAAAGUAAAAGUAAAUAGUCUUUCCAUUCAAUAAUAUUCUCCUGAGAGUUUUUUCCGUUAUUCCGUAACUUUUGAAAGUAAAAUUCCAAAAUAUUUUGAGUUAAUUUUUGAAAUUUUAGAUAAUUUCUAAAACAAUUUCAGAAAUCAGAAAUUGAUUUUAUUUGAUAUAGGCCUAUGGGCUUGAAUUUGUGUUUGUCUCACUCUUGUAGAAACAGUAGAAACCUUCUUAGAAUUCCAUGUUUCACUGUACAUGUAUUUUCAUUGCUUCCUAUGAACAAGCCUUCAUGGAGGCAAAGCGCUGCCUAGUUAUAUCUGUUUAAAAUGACAAGUGAUUUUAUAAAAUAUGUUCGUUGGGAUUUGCCACUCAGGGGAAUUGCUGUCUUUCUACUUGUUUAAUUACUCUGCCAAAUUAUGAUUCUGGUAGUCUAGAGAAACGUAACUGAUUUAGAAUAAAAUAUAUAGUAAUAUUAUAUGUAUUAUUUUGAUAUUAAUAAAUAUGGAAAUAAG